AGCGUCCCCACCCCCACACUUUCAUCGGCAAAUGUUUUUCAGUGCCUUCGAUUUUCGAUCAGAAUACUCAAAAAGAUCUAAGCGAGUCAAUCUAACUACCGAAAUGAUGGUUAUAGGAAGGAUUCCGCACCGGCACAGACGGGAGGAGAAGAACAAACUGCGGGGUACAGAGGCUCCUUGGAAGAAAUAUAAACGACUUCAAAUCCAUCCAUGAUGAAAUGCACUCAGAUAACCAGACAACAUGAAGCUCACACUCGGGGCCCUGCUCCUAUCCAGGCUAGCCCUGGCUUCCAAGCCUAACAUCCUCUUCAUCCUCACCGACGACCAGGACAAACACAUGGGCAGCAUCGACUUCAUGCCGCAACUGCACGAGUCCAUAAUCAGCAAAGGCGUCACCUAUCCCAAACACUUCUGCACCGUGGCCAUCUGCUGUCCAUCUCGAGCCAACAUCUGGACAGGCCGCAUGCCCCAUAACACCAACGUCACUGAUGUCUCCCCGCCCUACGGAGGAUAUCCCCAGGUAGUCAAGGAAGGGUGGAACGACAACUACCUACCUCUGUGGAUGCAGGACGCAGGAUACAACACGUACUACGUGGGCAAACUAUGGAAUUAUCAAAACGUGGAUAACUACGACAGUCCCCCGCCGAGGGGAUUCAAUGGCUCGGAAUUCACACUCGAUCCGUACACGUACCAGUACUACAAUGGCAUGAUGACGCGCAAUGGGGCCGAACCUGUCAGCUACAAGGGCCAGUAUAUCACGGACGUGAUGGAGAAAAAGGCACAUGGCUUCUUGGAUGAAGCAAUCUCUCAUUCUGAUCGACCGUGGAUGUUGACUGUUGCUCCCAUCGCGCCUCACUCCAACGGCAGUCUUGAUCCGAGUACGAACAUCUUUUACCAGUCCCAGCCGGAAUAUGCAGCUCGUCAUGCGGGUCUCUUUAAGGAUUACUAUAUUCCUCGUGAUGAGAGUUUCAAUACUGCGAUUGACGGAGGUGUGAGCUGGAUUAAGAACCUGCCCGCGUUGAAUGAUAGUGUGAUUGCGUAUCACGAUGAGUAUCAGCAAUGUCGACUUCGUGCUUUGCAGGCUGUCGAUGAGAUGGUGGGAGGUUUAGUGAGUCGACUAGAGAAAGAAGGUCUUCUCAAUAAUACGUACAUCAUCUAUUCGACUGAUAAUGGGUAUCAUAUUGGCCAACGUCGGAUGCUUCCAGGAAAGGAAUGCGGAUAUGACACUGAUAUCAACAUCCCACUCUUCAUCCGUGGUCCUGGUAUUCCAGAAAACCAAGUCUUUGAUGCAGUCACCAGCCAUACAGACCUGGCACCAACAUUCCUUUCCUUAGCUGGGACUACGACAGAGGGAUUGGAUGGGAAACCGAUUCCUUUAACGAAAGAGGAGGAUUUGGAUGCCAGUACGGAGCAUGUGGGAGUUGAGUAUUGGGGAAUCAAUCUCCCCGAAGGAAUCAAUGGAUACCGCAAGAUCACUCGCAACGACACCAAAUUCAACGUAGGCGUCUAUCACAACAACACCUACAAAGGUCUACGCAUCGUCAGCGAAAACUACAAUCUCUACUACUCUGUCUGGUGUACAAAUGAACGAGAACUUUACGAUCUAACUGUACUCCCCCCCCUCACUUCUCAAAGUCCUAUAUGCAAAACUAACACUCCCAAGACCGACCCCUAUCAAGUAACCAACAUAGCCGCCCAUCCCUCUCGAUACGAAGAAUACAAAAUUGGCAACCGCCCCCUAACCCAACUCCUCAACCGCCUCGACACGCUCAUGAUGAUCAUAAAAUCAUGCAAAGAAGACACCUGCCGCGAACCCUGGCAGAAACUCCACCCCGGAGGCCACGUAAAGAGUCUACGUGACGCUCUGAGCCCAAAGUUCGACAGCUUCUAUUCUCAGCAACCCAGAGUCUCCUUUACGUCUUGUCAAGAUGGGUAUUUGGUUUCUGCUGAGGGACCGCAGGAGGUCAGUGAUGUGUACCAGGGGAAGAGGAGACGGAAGACGUUUGAAUAUGGGGAUGAGUGGAUGUUUUUUAGCUAGGGUGUUCCAUGUGUACAUACUAAUAACUGGAUAAUUAACUAAGGGAUGUGCUGUUGAAGGUGGAGUAUGGUAGAAUAUGACAUGAGACUAUCAACAGCUUAUUUCAAUAGCUUGGAAUAACUUAUGAAGACUUG